UAUUACUACCUCCUUAAAAAAAUACUGCAAUGCGUUUUGUGUGUGCAGCACAUUAAGAGAAACUGGUUGGGAGAUAAGAGUAUUUGCUUUCGGUGGAAGUGGGACAAUGCAUUAUUUAUCCUCAGGAGUGAAAACGUUAUUUUUCUAUCCAAUUUUUUUUAACAUUUUAUAAAAAAAAACUUCCUCUUGUGCCAAACACAUGAAAAUAAACUUGUGAAUUGGUGGAAAUGACGCAGACUGGAUUUAUAGUCCGGAUGUGAUCUGGUUUGAGGAGGCACUGGGUUUGGGGACAGGGAUAUUGACUGUAGGAUACAGGUGGACCUGAAGAUGAACGAGGACAGGGAGAGCGUGAGGCCUGACUGCACUGGUGAGAAUGACGUUUUGUUACCGAACCUGAGACCUCGACACUGUGAACUGAUCCAAACACCAUGUGGCCCAAGAAAGGCCUGGGCGGAGCUGUCUGUACCUGUGAAGAUUUAUUUCUGUUUUGCUAUCGUUUCUGCUCUGGUUGCCUUCGUUCUCACAAUUUACAGUAUUUCGUUGCAGGAAUUGACAGACUCCCCCAUCUCUAUCAUACAGGCUAUUGGAAUAGUCUUCUGCUGUUACUAUGUGGUUCGUGGCAUCUUCCAGGAGAACCAGCAGGAGUUGGGGGCCUUUGUUGCCUCCGUGCUUUUUGUGAUGAUUCGCUCCGUGGUGAACUUUGCCGUCGCCACCCCAGAGGAAAGAGCAGACUUUGAGAUCCGCUUCUGGUUCCUUAUCGUUGUCGGAUUUAUCGACAUCGUCUGUGCCCUGUGGCUGAUGUGUAGCCUUAACAUGAUGGCUUUCCGGGUGAGUGGAGCGUACGAGCAAUCACAGUCGCUCUAUUGGAUGAAGAACCUGUGCUCUUCCUUGGUGACGUUUGACCUCCAAGGCCAGCUAUGCCUGUGUGUCUUGUUCUUGACUGCGGGAGUCAAUCGGAUCUCGACAGUGCACUACGUUAUCCUGGGCGUGGGAAUCUUCUGGGCAUUUCUAAAGGCGGCCAUUGGCCUUAGAGCCAUCUUAAAGGAGAAGAAGGUCCUCGCGUGGGCUUUCAUGAUAUUGAAUGUGCCGGAGUUGGUCUACCUGUGCUACCUGCUAUACGUGGUUAUUGACAAAUGGGAUUGCAAAGGCAGCUGCGUGCUGGAAGCUGGGACGGUGACUGGUACUGUGAUCUCAGUCGGCAUUAAGGUCGGACUGUUUUGGUCUGUGGUCAAGUUCGUCAGAUCCUUUGAACAUGAGCUGAGGAGGGUGUUUACUUCCGCGGAGGGGACAAAUACGUAAUCCCAGGAUAACCUCGAGGGUCCAAUCCGUCACAGGAACCGAUUCGUGCCAAACAUUCCCUCUCAAGUGCUGAAUUGUCGGUCUCAGUGAUGAAAUCAGGUGGUAGUUGUUUAACAGCAAAAUGCUUCUGUUGCUAAUCCCGCUAAUUGUCCUAGAGAACAUAAUAAGACACUUUCCAUUGCUACUACAUGGGUUGAGGAUCAUUUAAGGGGAUCGGAUAUUUGCCCCAAAACCUUUGGUUAGACUUUGCCGAAGAGGUCUGAAUCGUGGGAGUUACAGACGCCCAUUGAUAUAAUCCUUGCAUUUGUGCCUGAGGCUCACGGUUCCCUAACUCCGCUCACGGUUUCCUGGCGCCUGAACACAAGGUCACGUUCAAGCGAAGCUUUUGAUCUGAGUAAUUGGCCGGGAUGUGCUGUUUACAAAUCCCUUUGGAAAUCUCGCAAAUCAGAUCCUAAAGAUUCCAAAAGUCAGUGCACUUUAAGGUGUGGGUUUAAGUCUCGAUUCCUUCCACCUUGCCCCCUCCCUCCCCACCUUCAAAUCCCGCCUAAAGACCUUCCUUUUUGAUCGUGCUUACGGUCACCUCCCCCCCCCAGAGGGAUACAUAACCGAUGAGAAGUUAUGUAUUGUAUUUUUUAACCUGUGCCAGAAAAUAUUUUAAAAAUAAAAAUCGUGUUCGAAACG